AGGGCAGACGGUCACAGUUGGUUUGCCUGCGAGAAGUGUUAAAUACAAACCGCUGGGGCGGACUAUCCUGUCUUAUCUUUGUGUGGCUGUGCUGCGACGUAUCUCGCAAAUAUUUGCUCUUCCUGGACUCUGAGGAUUUCUCUUCAGGGAUGUCAAAGCGAGUGCGAAGCAGAGAGGUCUGCGCUGAUUGCAGUGCUCCGGAGCCUCGCUGGGCCUCUGUUAACAGGGGUGUGUUGAUCUGCGAUGAGUGCUGCAGCAUCCAUCGAGGUCUGGGGCGACACAGCUCCCAAGUCCGACAUCUGACUCACUCUUCGUGGCCACCCUCUCAGCUGCAGAUGGUCCAGACACUGUAUGGUAAUGGAGCUAAUUCAAUAUGGGAGCAUAGCCUUCUGGAUCCUUCCUCUUCAGUGAGUGGGAAGCGUAAAGCCAACCCCCAGGAUAGAGUUCACCCCAACAAGACAGAGUUCAUCAAGGCAAAAUAUCAGAUGCUGGCAUACGUUCAUCGGAUGCCUUGUCGGGAGGACGACAGUGUAACGGCAAAAGACCUCAGCAAGCAACUCCACUCCAGUGUUCGGACGGGGAACCUGGAGACCUGCCUGAGACUCUUAUCUUUAGGAGCACAGGCCAACUUCUUCCAUCCAGAGAAAGGAAACACCCCACUACACAUAGCAGCAAAAGCAGGUCAGAUGUUACAAGCAGAGCUGUUGGCAGUUUAUGGAGCUGAUCCUGGAGCUCUGGACUCCAGUGGAAAGACCCCCAUUGAUUAUGCAAGACAAGCUGGACAUCAGGAGCUGGCAGAGAGACUAGUGGAGAUCCAGUAUGAGCUCACCGACCGGUUAACGUUUUACCUUUGUGGUAGAAGACCGGAUCACAGAAACGGGCAACACUUCAUCAUUCCACAGAUGGCCGACAGCAGUCUGGAUUUGUCCGAAUUUGCAAAAGCCGCAAAGAAGAAGUUGCAGUCGCUAAGUAACCAUCAGUUUGAAGAACUUGCCAUGGAUGUUUAUGACGAAGUUGACAGAAGAGAAACAGAUGCAGUUUGGUUGGCCACUCAGAACCACAGCACACUCGUAACAGACACGACGGUUGUGCCUUUCUUGCCAGUCAAUCCUGAGUACUCGUCUACGAGAAACCAGGGUCGUCAAAAACUGGCGAGGUUUAGUGCUCAUGAAUUCGCAACCCUGGUCAUUGACAUUCUAACGGAUGCUAAACGAAGGCAGUGGGGGAAUUCCUGUGACAGUCCGAAAGAGAAUGUAGAGCUGAUCCUUCAGGGAAUAGGCAGUCGCCAUAACAGCGAGAGCCAGGACAAUGACCAGCCAGAUUACGACAGUGUGGCAUCGGAUGAAGACCCGGUGCAGGAGGCCACAUGUGGGGACAGCUGCAAUGAUGGAAGGACCAAGAGCUCGGAGUCUUCUGACCUGUCUGAUGGACCAAUCACGGUUCAGGAGUUUAUGGAGGUGAAGAGCGCCCUCACUGCAUCAGAAGCCAAAAUACAACAACUCCUCAAAGUCAACUGUCACCUCAGUGAAGAGCUGCGGAUGAUGCAGAGCAAGCUGAACUCCCUGCAGACUGAAAACACAACACUGCGAUGGCAAGCCCCCAGCGGACAGCAACACCCCCAGGGGCCCUUUGGUCGACACCCGCCCCGCGGAGGUCGCGCCAUGUCCAUGUAUGAGACGGGCUCCACUCCCAGGCAGUACCCCCACCGGGUGGAAACGGCUCGGCAUGACGAUGGGGUCGUUUUACAACCCUUCCCGACUAACAUUGGUAGGGGUCCUUUGGGGACGGCUGCUUCCUCCCUCCCUACCUUCCCCUCUUCCCUGUCCUGGUCGUGGGACGAGAGAUCUCGAAGGGGCUGCAGCCUGGAGGGACAGAGCACCAUGCUGGAGAAUGACUACGACACCACACCUAACCACUCUGAACUGGAGGACACUGGAAGCCCUCUUCCAGCCUCUGAAGCUGUGGAACCAGAGGAGGAGGGCGAACAAGACGCUACUCUGCCUUGCACAGAGGAUGUCAUCUGUAAGACGGAGCAGAUCACUAAGAACAUACAGGAGCUUCUGAGAGCUGCCCAGGAGACCAAACAUGAAAGCUUCUUGCCGUGCUCCGAGAAGAUCUGCAUGGCUGUGACGGAGAUGGCCGCCCUGUUCCCUAAGAGGCCGUCCUCGGAGACGGUGCGAGGGUCUCUGUGUCUGCUGACUUCCAGCGCCAGCCGGCUCCACGGGGAGUGCCAGAAGGCCGCAGAGCACAACCCCUGCCCGUCGGACAUCCAGCUGGUCACUCAGCAGGUCAUCCAGUGCGCCUAUGACAUUGCCAAAGCUGCCAAGCAACUCGUUACUGUGACAACCAAAGAAAACAACAACUAACUAACUAAAACAAAACAAAACCCCAAAGACAUUUCCGACGCACUCGGCAUACAGUUUAUCAGUUAGGUUGCUACUUCUUCAUCCUAAUCAGUGUUUGUUUUUUGUUUUUUUCCCAUUUUUCUCCAAUAUUAACCACUCUAAGUGUUCACAUACAUUCCUUGAGGUGAGAGGAAAAAAACAAAAUUAUGGAUUAAUCAAAAGCUGUAGCGCAACACAGUCGUACACGUGUACACAACACAGAAAAGCUGCCACUCGAGUUCCAACAGUGCAAUGUCGCAUGUGUGUGUGUAAAACAAUUAGAACCACUAGCAGCCGCAGAGCUUCUUACGUUCUACCUGUAGUAGAGUAGUGGACAGCAGAGGUUUGUAGUUUUCCUCCUUGAGGUCUGGUCUCCUGCCUGUCAUGAGAUCACCAAGACAUCAAGGAUCAGAAACAGGUAAACCUCCAGGUAACACUGGUUCGCCGAUUUAAAUGUUUUUUUUUUUUCUUGACAGUAUUUUAACCUUGAUGCCGCUCGCUUAAAAGUUCAAAUGUUUGUUUCGUCAGCAAACUGUGAUUCAAAAAAAAACUGCUUCUUGUAGGUUCAGCAGCACCACCGGCGUGCAAAUCUGUCCCUCCAUCCAGCAAAUCCAGCAGGUGAUCCUGACAUUUCAGUCCCUCCGCUCUGGUUCAAGAUGUGUUUAUAAGUAAAGUAUCAGUAGUUUUUGGAGUUCUAAUGUUACAGCCAUACUUAUGAUGUUGUGUGUGUGUGUGUGUGUGUGUGUGCGCGGGUGUGUGAGUGAGUGGGUAAAGGUUUCCCCACAAACGUGGCCUGGACGGGCCUGUGUAAAAUCCAUUUUGAAUCAAUUUUAAUAGCAUUAUGCAAAUAUGUAAGAUGUAUGUAUCCAUGUAAUUCUUUAUCAGAAUAACCCAAAUGCUAUUCUAUUUAUAAACCGUAUGUCAUACCUCUAAGAAAAUAUCAAUGUUUAUUUUCAUAAGCUUUCGUUCGACAUGAUGCUCCUCACAGGCUAACGUUUGUUCUGAGGUUUUGGGACGUCUCAGCCGGCGGUUAGCUCUAGGCUACUUGUGAUCUCCUGUUUAUUCGGUGUGGUGCCGUAACUCCAGUGUGUUUUUAGAUGCUUCCUGUGGUCCGACACGUACCGCUGUGGUUUACAGCCCAUGAUAACGUAACUGUGCCCUCGGAGUUCCCGACGUAGAACACAAAGUCUAAUGUGACGCUCGUUGUUGUGAGCCAAAUGGGUUUGAACCAGGGCUGGAAAGAGGACUAGAAUACGGCGCACACACAGCUGCAGGUAGAACAAUCUGGUUACAGCUGAAUGGUUUUGAAAAGCCGACAAAUUCAGUAUGAAUAUGUGACCUCUAACUUGAGUCUUUCUGGUUCAGUGGCAAUAUAUUCCCUAAGAAAGCUUUCUUUAAGUCAAGUCACCUUUAUUGAUUAUAGCUCAUUUAUAACAGAGGUUGGCCCAAAGUGUUUCCCAUUUAAGACGAAGAAUUUAACUACACAUCUGAAAAGUAUGAAUUAAAAUAAUCUGUUUAUUUUAAUCACAACAAGUCAUCAUGUGAAUCCCCACAAAGUCAAUACAACAGAGAGAAACCCUGUAAUUCUCAGGGCUGACUAACACUUAUAAGUAUUAGGAUGUCACUAAAUCAUCUUCACACGUUAUUACACCUUUAAUCUCUUCUGCUAAAGUCAUAAAAUAAUGACACAAAGAUUAAACCGUAUCUCAAGAUUCACGUUUCUUGCAGGAACCUUCACUUGGAUCUCAGUUGCCAAAGAGAUCAUUUUGUUAAUUUCAUUUUCUGUAUUUAUAACUACUUUGUGUGAUGGUCUGGUGAGAGGGAUGCCUUGUAAUGAGCCACUAACUACCUUCAUUCACUAUGAUCCUAUUGAGAUCAAUGUUAUUGUUUGAAUUGACUUGAAAUCCAAAGUCAAGACAACUUUUGCUAAACUAUGUGAUAAAUGUUAAAACAUAAAAUAAAAUAAAUGAACCGCCUUUGAAAACUUACUAAAGUGAACUUUUUUGAGACGCUUUCAUUUGGCGUCAUUACCAAGGAGCCUGCUCAGAUGAUUUUGUGAAUUUAUUUUUCUGUUUACAUACAUUUAAUUUUAUUUUUUUACUUUUCUGAAUUCUGUUUUGUACACUCCUCUGGUGGGAGUGAUUCAGACCCACAUUACUUUCACUUUGCUUUAUUAAGCAUGAUUUAAUUAGCUCCAUACAUUUUGUUAAUCUGCAUGGUAGUUUUAAAUACACCUAUAGUGCAUUAUACAUUUGUAUUUUAUUUUAUGUUUUAAAUUAAGUCAUAACAGAUUUUUAUUUUAAUUUAGUGGCUUUUUGCAGGAAACGUGAAUUUGGAGCUCAUUUUUCAGUGGGUUUGCUAAAUUCUCAAGUAGUUCAUCUUGUUAAUUUAUUGUUCUAUAUAUAUUUUUUUUAUUUCUACCCCAAAUAUCUUUUACAUUUUUAGUCUGUUGUAUGUGGUUGGUGUGGUGACAGUGAUGCAUGUUGACUUGUGAGAGCUACUUACAUUUAUUCUAGUGAUAAGGUAAUUUAUUUUUUAAUUCUAAUUAAUUUAACUACAA